AAAUUUUGUCUAUAGUCAAUGUGGCGCUGAAAGAAAUGAAUGAGCGUCAAGCAACUAAGUUAUGGCGUUUUGUGAGAGACUUUCUUGAAUAGUUUUUGUUAUUAAAAUUAAAUGACAGUGUAAUUUUUAUAUUUUCUAUUAAUAUGAGUAGAUACUACGAUUACGGUAACGCGAUAUCAUGUUGACAUGAGACGGUCGCCCGUCAACAAUGGUUAAAACACGAUCUUCAGCGAGGGUAGGAACCGGAUCCCAAAGCGUGCCCGCCGAAAAUGGGACCUCCUCUGAACUUAGAUCCCGGCUCAAAACGUCUGAGAACGGACACCGUUCUCAAAAGAGCAGCAAUUCUAGGAACAGUCAGGCGCUGUCGUCGAGCGGCGGUGCGCACGGCACCGGCUCGCAAGGCAAAGAUCCGCUGGCGCCCGCACUCCCCAGUUCCCGUACUAUGUAUCAGCACCCUGCUGUCACUGGAUACAAUCCACAGGACUCCCGCGCCCAGGCCAUGCCUGCGCGACAGAACCCACUGUACGCUGGGAGCAUGUACCACGGGUAUGGGCACGGCGCGAGCGGCGCCACGCUGGCCCCGAUGCCUUCACCUUCACCUACCGCGCCAUUAACACCUUACCCUGUACAUCCAGAUGUGAAAUUUAAAAAGCUUCCAUUCUACGAUGUGUUGGCGGAGCUGAUGAAGCCCUCCACCAUGAUGCCCAUGCAAGCGGGCCGCAUGCAGGAGGGCACAUACAUAUUCCAUUUAACGCCUCAACAAGCCACAGAGAUCGCAUCGGGAAAAGAUAUAGUCGGAACCAGUAAUAAAUUAGAUUAUGUUAUACAGGCACAACUGCGAUUUUGUCUUCUAGAAUCAUCAUGUGAACAAGAAGACCACUUCCCACCUAGUGUUAAUGUUAAAGUAAAUAACAAAAUGUGUCCACUACCAAAUCCUAUCCCAACAAACAAACCGACGCCCGAGCCGAAGCGCCCUCCGCGGCCUGUCAACAUAUCGUCCCUGGUGAAGCUGUCCCCGACGGUGGCGAACACGAUCCACGUGACGUGGGCGGCUGACUUCACGCGCGCUUACGUUGUCAGCGUGUUCAUGGUGCGGAAACUGACGUCUGCCGAAUUACUGAUAAGGCUGAAGAAUAAGGGCACCAAAAAUCCGGAUUACACGAGAUCGCUCAUCAAAGAGAAGCUAUCAGAGGACUACGACAGUGAGAUCGCGACGACUUCGUUGCGGGUGUCGCUGAUGUGUCCACUGGGUAAGAUGCGCAUGUCGUGUCCAUGCCGGCCGGCCAACUGCCCGCACCUGCAGUGCUUCGACGCAUCGCUCUUCCUGCAGAUGAACGAGCGGAAACCUACGUGGCUGUGUCCCGUCUGCGACCGCCCGGCGCCUUAUGACUCCCUAGUUGUUGAUGGGUACUUCCAAGAGGUGUUGACAUCGCCGCGGCUUGCGAGUGACUGCAACGAAGUGCAGUUGCACGCGGACGGUAAUUGGUCUGCUCACGCGCCGCCAGCACGCGCGCCACAACAGCAGGUGCCAGCAGCGGAGCCCGUUACUCUCAUCCCCGAUGACCUGGAAGUGAUACCAAUAGAUGGUAACAGUGGAGGUGGUGGCAAGCGAGCUGCCGUAGGCGAAACUCGUGUACCCAAGCCAGCGGAGGCUGUGGUGGACCUCACCUCCGACUCUGAAGACGAGUUGCCCUUAAAAAGGAAAGUCCCACAGCCUAAAGUGACUCCACCUAUCUCGGAGGCCAAUAUCAAGUCUGAUGAUUACUCCAGUGUGGAGGCAGUGUCGUCGAGCGGCUACCGAUCUCCGGGCAGUGCGAGCGGCGCGGGCGGCGGCGCGGGCGCGGGCGCGGGCGGCGUCAUCUCCCUGGACAGCCCCUCGCCGCCCGCCGCCGCCUCGCCGCCGCCCGCCGCCGCGCACCACGACCGCGCGCGCUCCCCCUCGCCGCCCACCUCUGCGGACCACGAUCGCUGUACGAGUAAUAACAGUGACCGAGAUGAAAACGACACAGCACCUGCACACUGGGCGCCAUACGCAGAGUCCGAUAGGGAAAAUCUCGAUCCAUUCAGAAGGUAA